AGAAAAGGUCAUCAAACAUGCCGGUACCGUGCCCAGUUGUUGAGGAGUAGACGAUCUCCGCUCACAGAACUUCGCGAGAACUUUGCUAAAGUGCGCGCUUCAUGCCGUUUCGGUUAUGUUUAUGCAAAGACUCCUGGGCGAAGAGUGGCUAAGGGUUUGUGGUGCGACGAGGAUCGUGUAGUGACGCGCUGAACUGCGACAAAAUAAAAUGGGAACCGUCCAAGCAAAGUCGCUUGAGAGGCAGGAGGCGAAGGAUAUGCAAGUUCCUCUGGAUCAAAUAGAGGCUCGUGUUGACACGGUAUUUAUUGACGGCGUUGUCCGGACCAAGGAUGAUAUCCUCAAAAAAGCCGUCAACGACCUCUUCAAUGCGAAAGAUUUCCAAGACGUGAUAUUGAAAACCCGCUAUGUAAGAAAACAACUGGAAACGCUGGGCGCCUUUAAACAGAUCUCCGUGACAAUCGAUACAAGUUCAGGCCCAGAUGCGAGCCCUAGUGGUUUAGAAGUGACAUUCAAAGUACAAGAAGUCCGGCGUCUUGUCGGAGGCAUCAACACUCUUGUUGGCAACAAUGAAGGAAGUAUGGUCAUAGGUCUCAAGUUUCCGAAUACCUGGGGCCGAGGAGAAUUCGUGCAGACAGAGUACCACUAUGGCACAAAGCACUCUAGCGGAUUUAACAUUACAGUCAGUAAACCCUUCCUCGGCUGGCUCAACCCUCGGAUCACGGGAGCAGUGUUUCAACAAGCAGCAGACUUCACGUGGAGCGGUUUCAGGCAAAUCGAUCGUGGCCUAUUAACAGAGCUCUUGUUUGAAUCGACACCUGGAGUACACCACAGUCUACGAUGGGAGGCCCUGUGGCGGGAACUAUCCUGUCUUGGGCCAACGGUUCCCUUUGUUGUCCGAGAAGAGAUGGGACACUCUCUCAAGUCCUCAAUAAAGCACAUAGUCACCAUGGACAGGAGAGACAAUUCCAUCUUGCCAACAGAAGGAGGUUACUUCAGGUUGCAUCAGGAGUUUGCUGGUCUGGGUGGCGACAUUGGCUUCGUCAAGCACGAAGCAGAGUACCAGCUCAAUGUGCCGAUAGCAAGAGACAUUGUACUACAGGGGUGUUGCAUGGCUGGCCACAUGAUGGGCUUUGGCCACAACAAGACAUUCAGCAUUUGCGACCGGUUCUUCCUGGGUGGUCCUCUCGGUUUGCGAGGUUUUCAACAGAGAGGUGUCGGGCCGCACACAGAAGGCCAUUCGCUUGGAGGAGAGACCUACUGGGCGGCUGGCCUUCAUCUGUACACACCGCUGCCUUUCCGGCCGGGAGAAGGUGGACUCGGAGACUACUUCCGGACGCAUGCCUUUGCAACUGCAGGAAAUGUGGAUGACUUCAAGUUUACUAAUGACAUGCAGAAGAACCUCGAGAUGGUCACGCAAAAUCUGCGGUGGUCGGUUGGUGCCGGCAUCGUGCUCUCCAUCGGACACAUUGCCCGUUUUGAGCUGAAUUACUGCGUUCCCAUGAAAGCAAAGUCUGGCGACAGGUUGAACCAUGGCCUUCAGUUUGGCAUCGGAGUCUCCUUCUUGUAGUAGUGCCAGCCCAUGCUUUUAUUUACUGGUUUGAGCCCUUGAGGAUGGUGAGCUUAUGCAGCCUCUUCCAAAGCCACUGAAACUGCCGCUAGAGACUGUGAACCCUGGAAAUCUCUAGACAUGCUUUUCUUUAGGACCAUAGUGCAUGACGCGUUUAUAGUUUUUUUGUUUUCGAACCUGCACAUUAAAAAUGUUGAGUUUUAAUUAAUAAAAAAUCGCUAUGUCGAAA